AUGGCCUACGAUGGUUACUACGACCAAUAUCAACCGGGCAACACGAACCCGAAUCCAAACGAGCAUGGAUAUCCCCAAGCGCAGUAUCCCUACUACGAACCAGACCAUUUGAGUAUGCCCCAGCCGCAGAUGCCGACCGGUUCACCAGCAAACCCAGCCCCGGAGCCGUACAACUACUCAGAGCCGUACAACUAUCCAGAGCCACAGCGCCACCAGCCGAGCCAACCAAGCACCGGCCACAUCAACGAUGCCGUCAACUCGGCGGUCAACAGCAGCGGGUCAGGCUAUCUGUCCCCAGAAGUACUCUCGCAAAUCACGGCCACAGUCAUCCAGCAGCUGAAAACGACCGGGUUGGACAACGGCCUACAAGGGUCUGGUGCGCCCCCGCCCCGCUCGCAAUCGCAGCAGCCAUGGCAAACAGACUCGCGGCCGCACACAGAGUCUCCGCCUAUCGCGCCUCCAAGGAGUAAUUCAAUCCCCCCACCCAGCUCGCUGCCUGGAAACAUCGACAAUUAUCAACCAUUUGUUUCGGACGAGAUUCGUCCUAGCCCGAGACCUACUCCUCCCCCGCGGAAAGACGAGCCUCUGUGUCCAGCCAGGACAGUGCGCGGAGCCAUAUGGCCCCCAGAUCGCGAUGUCACGGUCGUGGAAAUGACCACCCUGGAGAAGAUUUGGGGCACCUUGUUUGAGGAUGACAAACGGACUCCCACGAAGAAGUGUGGUCAAUUUUUGCGGGGUAUCGCAGUGCAUCUGAUUGAGGACUAUGAGCCUAAAAACAGUAUCGUGAUUUUGCCCGAAAAGAUGCAGCAAUUUUAUCGAGAUACUCAUGAUCCCGAUGAUCCCUACCCAUGGCAUGACAUUUUCGAUGAUCGCACAUCGUCCAUUUCCCGACUGUUUCGGGAAGCGAAAGUGCAGCACCAUCUCGUCCAGAAGAACGGCGAUCUGACUGAACGUCCCGAUGUGCCUGGUUUGACACCCAAGGGCUUUGAACAGUGGGCAACUAUAAUGAUUCUGUCCAACCCAAACCGCGAAUACGAGCGUUUGGCAAAGGCAGUCCUAAACAUGCCCAUCAGCAACCCAGAUGACAAAAAAGAGCGCUUCCCCAAGGAACUUCCACGCCGCCUCUUCCCCGACGUCCCAGACUUCGAUCUCAGAGAACGAAUCGAAGACCAUAUCGUCAAACACUGUGGCGUUGAUCUUCCCUACAUCACCGCCGAGGAACGUGCCGAAGCCUUUCACCCUCGCACUGGUCGUUCCUCUACAACAAACUCCUCCCCACCCCAGCGCGCACAAUCCUACGAGCGAGGCCGGCCCUCUCGCGCCUCCCCCGGAUCCACAGCACGCGACCCAACACCCGCCGUAAUAGACGACGAAGACAUCCCCAUAGCCCCGGGCCCAAUCGAGCGCGAACGCAAACCAUACAGCGCAGCACCAGGCCGCGGCAAAACAUACGACGAAGGAUCCAACAGUGCGAAAAGCUCAUUCUCGACCUCCCGGCCAUCCGUCUCUACCUCCGAGGCAACCCCCAAGCCCCAGCGCUCAGAGUAUGAUCGCGAUUCCCUAUACGCGCGAGACAGAUACGCGCGGGGCUCGCGUAGCUCUUCGCGCAGCGUCCAUCGAGACGGCUAUCGUCACUCGGAGAGUGACUUGCCUCGAGAUCGCGAGCCGCGGUAUGCGGGCGUUUCAUCGCAGGAUCUGCCGUACAUGGAGUCGCCGAUUUCGGCUGAUGAUGAGCCGAGAAGGUAUCAUCAUCAUCGUGGGGGUAGUCGGGGUGGUGCGGAUGAGGACUAUUAUCGAUCGGGUGUGCUUGGGGGUCAUGGCAUCUCGCAUGGAUAUGACAAGCAUUAUGUAGGCGAUCGAUUCUCCCGGGGUUGA